UUGAAAUGGCGAAAUUCUGGUGAUGGGUGGCCGUAGAUAGCCGAGCAUGCGACUACUGGUUAACGUGGUUGCAGAUUCCAGAAGAACCCACAAGGGAAUUGAUUGGUUUUGCCAUCGGAGAUCCCAUUGAUCAUGAGCUGCUCGAUGAAAUUACUGACCCAGAAUCAGUUCGCUAGAAUUCCACACCAGCGCUUCUUGUCCCGACUUUUCUGUACUACCGUUCCAUUGGGAAAGGAUAACGAGAUCGACAAAAUCGCCAAAGUCAUAAACGACCACCCAUUUCCUGAUAGCACGCUUCAAACCGUCCUUCAGAAGCACAUCCCGCCGCAUACUCUUUCCGCCGGGUUCGUAGAGGACGUGGUUGGCCAUUUAUUUGGGGCUCAUUCCAAUGGUCUCAAAGCUCUAGAGUUCUUCAGAUAUACUGUCCGCCAUUUGUCGUGUGGUCCGACUUCGGUGGCGUUCGAAAGAACUCUCCACAUACUUGCGAGGAUGCGGUACUUUGAGAAAGCCUGGGAAUUGAUGGAAGAGAUGCGGGUAAUGCACCCUUCGGUGCUCACGCUGAAGGCGAUGAGCAUCAUGAUGUUGAAGACUGCAAAAUUCAAGUCGUAUGAGGAUACUCUCCUGGCAUUUGAAAGAAUGGAGAAUGAUGUGUUUGUUGGAAGGAAGUUUGGUACGGAUGAAUUCAAUAUACUUCUUCGGGCAUUUUGCACGCAUAAGCAGAUGAAGGAAGCACGAUCCGUGUUCAAUAAGAUGCAUUCACGAUUCUCUCCUGAUACGAAGACCAUGAAUAUACUGCUCUUGGGAUUUAAAGAUUCAGGCGAUGUCUCCUCAAUGGAGUUGUUUUACCAUGAGAUGGUUAGAAGAGGUUUUAAACCUAACACAGUGACAUAUAACAUCAGGAUUGAUGCUUACUGUAAGAAUGGUAAGAGAGGUUGUGUGGGUGAUGGUCUAAGGCUUCUUGAAGAAAUGGAAGGGGCCGGUUGCUUACCUACUGUUGAGACAUUUACUACUUUGAUUCAUGGUGCGGGGGUUGCUCGCAAUCUAACAAAGGCAAAGGAAUUGUUUGAUGGGAUUCUUACAAAAAAUAUGCAACCAGAUACAGCAGCCUAUAAUGCGAUGAUCAGUGUUCUGAUAAAAGCAAAAUAUGUAAAAGCUGCCAUUGCCUUGAUGGAUGAGAUGGAGGCGAAGCAAAUUAGGCAUGACAACAUGACCUAUCAUACAUUGUUCUUUGGAUUGAUGAGAUCAAGAGAAAUAGACGGAGUAUAUGAGUUAUAUCAUAGAAUGGUGGAGAGAAACUUUGUGCCUAAAACUCGGACGGUGGUCAUGCUGAUGAAGUACUUUUGUAUUAAUCGUCAAGUUGAUAUGGGAUUGCAUUUAUGGGAAUACCUGGUGGGCAAAGGGCAUUGUCCUCAUGGUCAUGCACUGGAUCUUUUGGUGAUUGGAUUGUGUUCUCGUGGAAGAGAACUAGAAGCUUUUGAGUGCUCCAAACAGAUGCUGGAGAGAGGAAGGCUAAUGACUGAAGCAACAUUUCGGAUGUUGGGGGGGCUACUGCUGCAGGCUGGUGAGGCCGACAAGUUGAGGAAGCUCAAUCAACUGGUAAAGACGUUAAAAGCUGUUCUGCCUCUGUCAAAAGGGCAUGCUGAUGGUAUAGCUAAUUCCUUAGAAUUUAAUGCAGAAAGGACUUUUUCAAGUUGACUUUGUUUGAGUACAACCUCUGUUUACUGGAUAUUUGGACGGUUUGUCAUUUUUGGUUCUCCUCAAAGUCUAUAGGGCUGAUACACAUGCGCUGAGAAACUCUGUUCGUUUGU